AUGUUCCUGGAGGGCGCCGCCAGCCACCGCGGGAGCUUCCUGUCGGCCGCGCUGAAGGCCCCCCUGCCGACGCUGGGGAGGCGUGGAGAACGCCAACUACCGCGAGCUCGGCGCGCGCUCGUGGGCUGGCAGCGUCUCUGCCCGGGCUUCUCGCGACCCCCCCUGGCCUGGGCGGUGGUGCGCGGGGUGGCGACCUGGCUGCUGCAACGGGGGAUCCCCUUGAUGGGGCUCUGGUGCGUCGUGGGCGCGUGCCUUUGCCUGCGGCCCGGGGAAAGCCUGGCGCCGCGGGGGAUGGACUUCCUCCCUCCGACGGGCCAGGGCGCGCCGACUUGGUCCGUGCACAUUCGCUCAAGAGAGCUCGGGAUCCAGACCAAGACCAGGGACUUCGACGACUCCGUGCGCUGGGACGUCCCCGAGCCGCAGUGGGUGACCCAGUGCUUCGAGAAGUGGCGAGCGGCAGGCGACGCCAAGGUGUGGACCUUCGACAGCAGCGACCUGGCUCGGGAGUUUCGCCGCGCCGCCGAGAGCUUGGGCGCGGGCGACCUGGCGCCGUGCUCCAUGAGGCGCGUGGGAGCGUCGUGGGGCGCGGCCGUAGGCCGCAGGUCGCUGGCCGAAGUUCAGAAGAGAGGUCGGUGGAGAUCCCGUCGAAGCGUCGCGAGGCACGAGAAGGCCAGCCAAGCCUCAAAGGGUGUCCUCAAACUUCGGCCAGACGCGAGAAGGAACAUGCAGUGCUGCGAUGCCGGCAUGCAGCUGGUGUCCAGCAGGGCCGCGCAAGUCCCUUGGUGA